GUUGUCCUGGGGCCAAGAAGAAUGAGUUCCUGACUAGUGUUUUGGAUGCAUUGUCCACGGAUAUGGUGCAUGCAGUCUCUGAUCCAUCAUUGUCUUCUAGCCGGGUGUCAGAGCCUGAUCCAAAUCAUACUCUGGAAGAGAGAGUGGUCCAUUGGUAUUUCAAACAGCUAGAUAAAAAUUCCAGUGGUGACAUUGGCAAGAAAGAAAUCAAGCCAUUUAAGAGAUUCCUAAGAAAGAAAUCAAAACCGAAAAAAUGUGUGAAGAAGUUUGUGGAAUACUGUGAUGUGAACAAUGAUAAGUCCUUGUCAGUUCAAGAAUUAAUGGGCUGCUUGGGAGUAACAAAAGAAGAAGGUAAAGCAGAAACAAAGAAACGCCAUACGGCCCCUAAAACCAACACUGAGAGCACUUCAUCCAGCAGGCAG